AUGUUCUCUGUUGCUCUGCUGCUGCUGUUUACAGCUGGAUCCUGGGUCCAGUGUCAGCAGCUCACCCAGCCUCCCUCUGUGAACCUACAGCCGGGUCAGCGUCUGACCAUCACCUGUCAGGUCUCCUAUUCUGUUAGUAGCUGGUGGACAGGCUGGAUCAGACAGCCUGCUGCAGGAACACUGGAGUGGAUCGGGGAGAAUGCAGGUUCAAGCUCUAACUACAAAGAGUCACUGAAGAGCAAAUUUCGCAUUAGUUCAGAUUCCUCCAACAACAGAGUGACUCUGACCGGAGAGAACAUGCAGCCUGGAGACUCGGCCGUCUAUUACUGUGCCAGAGACCCACAACAACACAAAACACCAGCAGACCUGAACAAAAACCCACAAACCACCAGAGGGGGAGUCACAGACCAGCAGCCACUGUCAAACAUCUCCACUCUCAUUCACCAAAAACUUGUUCACAACAAUAAUAAUCCCAGAGUCAGAAGCUCCAUGAGAGUCUGGUCUGAGAUCAGACUGGACCAGAGUUCCUCUGAGGUGAAGAGACCUGGAGACACAGUCAAACUCUCCUGUGUCACCUCGGGGUUUGAUAUGACCAGCUACUACAUGAACUGGAUAAGACAGAAGCCUGGUGAAGGUCUGGAGUGGAUUGGGUGGAUGGAUGCUGGACGUAACUCAGCAGAAUAUGCCAGCACCUUUGAGGGUCGCUUCAUCAUGACUGAAAACGUCCCGAGCAGCACUCAGUAUCUGCAGCUCAACCGUCUGACCGCAGAAGACUCUGCAGUUUAUUUCUGUGCUCGACGCCACAGUGUGUAA